GGAGGAAGGGAGGGGCGCGAGCGGAAGUGAGGUAUUUUCGCCCUUGUGGUCCGGCUUGGUUUACGCGGCUCGCUUUGGCUGGGUCGGGGAAGUUCCGAGCUCGUUUACCCAGUAAGCCAGACCGGUCAUUGUCCCGUCGGCAAGAUGGUGAAGCCCAAGUACAAAGGACGGAGCACCAUCAACCCCUCCAAGUCCAGCACCAACCCGGAUCGAGUACAGGGAGCAGGAGGACAAAACAUGAGGGACCGGGCUACAAUCCGGCGCCUAAACAUGUAUAGGCAAAAGGAGCGCAGGAAUAGUCGUGGUAAAGUGAUUAAGCCUCUGCAGUAUCAAUCAACGGUGGCUUCUGGCACAGUGGCACGAGUAGAGCCAAAUAUUAAAUGGUUUGGAAACACACGUGUCAUUAAGCAGUCUUCAUUACAGAAAUUUCAAGAGGAAAUGGAUACAGUUCUGAAGGAUCCAUAUAAAGUUGUCAUGAAGCAAAGCAAGUUACCAAUGUCUCUUCUCCAUGACCGAAUCCAGCCUCAUAACUCCAAGGUGCACAUUCUUGACACCGAAAGUUUUGAAACUACAUUUGGUCCUAAGUCACAGAGAAAGCGGCCGAAUUUGUUUGCGAUUGAUAUGCAGUCACUGAUAGAAAAAGCUGAGAUAUCCACUGAGAGCUAUGACCAGGGCAAGGAUCGCGAUUUGGUAACCGAAGACACUGGUGUGAGAAAUGAAGCCCAAGAAGAGAUAUAUAAGAAAGGACAGUCCAAAAGAAUAUGGGGUGAGCUCUACAAGGUGAUAGAUUCAUCAGAUGUUGUAGUCCAAGUUCUUGAUGCUAGAGAUCCAAUGGGUACCCGUUCCCCCCACAUUGAGGCUUACUUGAAAAAGGAAAAACCCUGGAAGCAUCUUAUUUUUGUACUCAACAAAUGUGACCUUGUUCCAACCUGGGCAACAAAACGAUGGGUUGCUGUCCUCUCCCAGGAGUAUCCAACACUUGCUUUCCAUGCGAGUCUUACUAACCCCUUUGGCAAAGGAGCAUUCAUUCAGCUUCUGCGGCAGUUUGGAAAGUUGCACACUGACAAGAAACAGAUCAGCGUUGGCUUCAUCGGCUAUCCAAAUGUUGGCAAGAGCUCUGUGAUCAACACAUUGCGUUCCAAGAAAGUUUGCAACGUGGCCCCCAUUGCAGGUGAAACAAAGGUCUGGCAGUAUAUUACCUUGAUGCGUCGGAUAUUCCUCAUUGACUGUCCAGGUGUGGUUUACCCCUCUGAGGACUCAGAGACAGACAUUGUGCUGAAAGGAGUUGUUCAAGUUGAAAAAAUUAAGUCUCCUGAAGACCACAUUGGUGCUGUCCUAGAACGAGCAAAACCAGAAUAUAUCAGUAAGACAUACAAGAUUGAUUCAUGGGAGAAUGCUGAGGACUUUCUUGAGAAGCUUGCUUUCCGCACUGGGAAAUUAUUAAAGGGUGGAGAGCCUGACUUACAGACUGUGGGCAAGAUGGUCCUUAAUGACUGGCAGCGGGGGCGGAUCCCUUUCUUUGUCAAACCACCCAAUGCAGCGACGCCUGCAACCCCCCAGCUUCCUCCUUCCUCAUCUUUGGAAGAUGCUACCGAAACAACCCAGAACAACUUGGAAGAGACUGCAGAGACCAUAGGUGAAGUUUCAGAAUCUGUCAUUGAGAAAGAAGAAGAAGAGGACCGUCUCUGUGAUGCUAACUCUGAAAUGCAGCAGAUCCUUGCACGGGUUCGACAGAACUUCGGCAAAAUCAAUGUAGUGCCCCAGUUUUCUGAGGAUGACCUGGUUCCUGUAGAGGUGUCAGACAUCGAGGAAGAGCUGGAGAGCUUUUCUGCUUCUGAGGAGGAGCAGGAGCAGGACCAACCAGAUGUCAAGGAAGAGGCUUAUCAGGAGUCCCAAGAAGAGCAAGUGGGAAACGACACCAAAGCAGUGAUAAAAGCCCUGGAUGACAAGAUUGCAAAAUAUCAGAAGUUUUUAAACAAAGCCAAGGCUAAAAAGUUUUCGGCAGUCAGGAUAUCCAAGGGGUUAAGUGAAAAGGUUUUUGCAAAGUCUGAAGAACAAAAAGAAACACCUAAAGAAGAAGUAGUAAAUGAAACAGCAUGUACUAAAAAGGGAAGGAAGCGGAAGGCACAAAGGGAAGAGGAACAGUCAAGUAAAACUCAAAGGAUGCGUACAUCUAAGGAACGAAGGCGAGCAGCACGGCAGCAGCAAUCCAAAAAAGUUGGUGUACGCUACUAUGAAACACACAAUGUGAAAAAUAGGAACCGGAACAAAAAGAAGACCAGUGACUCAGAAGGACAAAAACACAAACAAACAAAAUUCAGACAUAAGCAGUAAUACCUAAAGAGUUGUUUAUUAAAUUAUACCAAAAUGUGCAAUUACAAA